GGUGCCAAAUGCUCUGUGAGGCACUGUCUGCUGCCACUAUUGCCGCUCUGUGGCUUCAGCUCAUGUCUUCUGUUUCAGGGUUUUGAGAUAGUUGCUUUUAUAAGAAACAGAUUUGUCCAGAUCCCCAGACUCUUCCCCCACUGCCAGCUCUGUGAACGCGGUCCCUGCAGGUACUCAUCACCAACCUGGAAGCAGUCCUUCAAUAACCAGGCAAUGUGGGAAAAGCUAUGAGAAUGAUUACAGUUGAAAUAAGAACUCUGCUUGGAUGAGUUUUUGAAUCACACUGUGCUUAAACUACACCAUCAGGCAAAUGGAGGGGAACUCCCAAAUGACACACAUCUUUUGCCUCCACCUCCUAAAUCACAUGCCAGCCUUGGGAUCUCCAGCCUAGGACAUGUGGAUGAAUGCACCAGGGCUCCAGUGCUCCUAAUCACCUCCUUCCCCCCCCCGGAACCCCAGCAGUUUUCUUCCCCUGUGGUAUUUUGGAAGACCAGAUAGUAACUAGAGUGAAAGGAGGCUGUGCAUGAAAAUGUACACGUUCGUUCUCAAAGACAAUAAGGUAGUGAAUGUUUUUUUUUCCUCAAGGAUGUGUUUUUGUAAGACAAAUAUCCCUGAAUAUCUUUGGAGAUCAGCAGGUUCUCUAGCAAUCCUGCUCUGGUUCCCAGAAGUAUUUUUCCUUCUUCCCUGAUAAUGUUUCUUUGGCACUGACUUCCAUGAGCCAUAGACUGAAGGUCAGGAAUUACUUUCCAGAUUAGAACUGGAUAGUGAAGCUAUUAAAAGGCAAUCAAGUGCACUAAAAGCUCAGAAAGAGCCUUAAAUUUAACUUAUUCCCUUUCCAAAUCUAUUUUCUAAGUUACGAUACCCAAGUAUUAUAGCAGCAGAGAAAGAGAUGUGUUUUUUUCCACCCUUCCUGACAGUAAAAUGAUAAGGAAAAUGAAAGAACAAAGAAAUUUAGGCCUAAAACAACUGUUCAGAACUGAAACGCUUUUUCUCCCAGCAGGGUGAGAGCUUAGCACAAUGAUAAAACUGCAAGAACGUACCUUGGUUCAUCUUUUUAAAACUGCAGAAGGCAAGACAGACACUUAAGCAGCAGAUAAACUUUCAAAGUAGGAAACAGCUCAUUUUAUGGAAAGCAAGGAUUUAGCAUUGGAAUCUAAUCCAUCUGAUCAUCCCAGAGCAAGCACAAUUUUCCUUAGCAAGUCUCAAACAGAUGUGAGAGAGAAGAGGAAGAGUAACCACAUCAACCAUGUUUCUCCAGGGCAGCUUACAAAAAAAUACAGCUCAUGCUCAACAAUAUUUAUAGAUGACAGCACGGUCAGUCAACCUAAUCUUAGAAGCACAAUAAAGUGUGUAACAUUAGCAAUAUUCUACCACAUAAAGAACAGAGAUUCAGACAGAUCAUUGGAUAUUUUUGAUGAAAAAUCUCAUCCUCUCACACGGGAAGAAGUUCCAGAUGACUACUACAAGCAUGACCCUGAUCACAAGCACAUCUACCGGUUUGUUCGGACACUUUUCAGUGCUGCACAACUGACAGCUGAAUGUGCAAUAGUGACAUUGGUUUAUUUGGAAAGGCUUUUAACCUAUGCAGAGAUUGACAUCUGCCCUAGUAACUGGAAGAGGAUAGUCUUAGGAGCUAUUCUGCUGGCUUCUAAAGUCUGGGAUGAUCAGGCUGUUUGGAAUGUGGAUUAUUGCCAAAUAUUGAAGGACAUUACUGUUGAGGACAUGAAUGAGAUGGAAAGACACUUCUUGGAGCUACUGCAGUUUAAUAUCAAUGUUCCUGCCAGUGUUUACGCCAAAUACUACUUCGAUCUCCGCUCCCUAGCAGAUGACAAUAACCUGAGCUUUCUGCUGGAGCCUCUUAGUAAAGAGAGAGCACAGAAACUGGAGGCUAUCUCCCGGCUGUGUGAAGAUAAAUACAAAGACUUGUCAAAAGCUGCUAUGAGACGAUCUUUCAGUGCUGAUAAUUUAGUUGGUAUCCGCCGUUCUAAUGCCAUCCUCUCCUGAGGAGAGAGAAAGGUGCAGCACCAUGAACCAGCAUCCAUAUCAAUUGGAGGAAUACCACCACUCCAUGCACACAAGCCAGCGGUGAUGGUGUCUUCCAGCAAAAGGAGGAGAGGAGGGGCAAAAUUAGCCAAGGGAGCCCAGAGCUUGAGGAGUAUACUUGGUGCAAAAGUCAAGACCUUUAUCAAAUCAACUCUCUCCUCCUUUUAAUUUAUCCAGAGGUGCAAAAACAAACUUCUCUCCAUCUUUUCCCCACAGAUGUUUGCUUACUAUGUAGGCCUAUAGCUGUGAACUCUUGAGGUUUUUAAUAAUAAGUAGUUUUAAAUUUUAGAAUUUAAACACUAACCACAUGACUAUAGUUACAAUGUUCUUCCCUCCUCUCCCCUGUCAUCUAGAGUCUCACUGCAUUUGUAUUUCAGGCCAAUGCAGUGUUAACAAAAACAAAACAGAACAUGGGACUCUAAAGUAUAAAGCCACUCUGGAGCUGAAAACAAUAGCAUAGACAUGUGUUGAUGGUUUUUCCCUGGUUUGGCUACUAAAAGCUGCUAUUAUUGGUGAUCUGUUCGUAACCAAGAAGCUGCACAGCAGGAAGGAAUCCCAGCUCUGCACCAACUUCACUCCAGUAGACAUUGUCAAAAGACUUUGAAUGUUUUGACUGGGGGCAGAGAGAUGGUUUUAUGUAUUGUUAAAAUAUAUAGGGUCCAUGCUGCAUUUCUUGUGAAUUAUGGUGCUUCUCUCAUUUUGUAAUACUUAUUAUUGCUCCGGAAGAGACGCAAUCUGUAUAUUUCUCUGAGGCAUUGAAUGAGAAAGUUGGUCUGGAAACAUCAUCACCAUCCCAAACAGUGUAGCAAUGCAGUGGUGAAUGGCAUGUGUGCAGCACUGCUUCUCGAGUUCUACUGCAGAUCUCUUGUGCUAUAUACAGUGGAGUUCCUAAAGCUGAUAUUGUGCAUCCAUCUGGCUCUCCUUGAGUAUUUGUUUCUUGGGAGGGUUUUACAUUCAUAAUGAGACAGUAAUGAGUUUGAGAAUCCUAGACUACCUAACAGGGUAGAUUUAAAAAAAAAAAAAAAAAAAAAAGUUCAACUGAUAAUUGUCAAAAAUAUUUCUUUAAAACCUUUUUUUCCCCAAAGUGAAUUUUAUCUUGCGCAAAUGUUCUUGAGGCUUGGGUUUUGUUCUGAGACUUUGGAAUGGGACCUCACUUUCAGGCUCUGAACCUGAACUCUAAACAGGAUAAGUAUUAUUAGACUCUUCCUGUUACAAGUCUUUGUGAUAUCUUCCCUUCUUGGAUCCAAAUAGAUUCUAGGCAGUUUGUCCUAGGAGCAGAUCUCCCUCCAAAUGGCAUGGUUUCUGUGCACUUCCUCUUCCAGCCAAGGUCCAGAAACUUACACUGAAUAGCAAGUCCAUACACUUUUGAGAGUGGGGGUGUCUGAGUGCAAUAAUCAGUUUGGCUGCACUCAACUGUUAAAAUGAUGCAUAAAGUCUUUUGUGGUAUGCAAAUAUGCCAGCCCCUGGCUCUCAAAUCCAUGGAACUUGGCACUUCAGGUAUUGAUCACAAUUCAAUUUUGAAAAUACUGCUACAUCUUCAGGUGGUUUUCCUUUCUCAUGUUUGUAUUAAAAGAAAAGCUAAUAAACUCUAUUUUAAUUAAA